UAACAACAGUUUACUGAGAGCCUUUCCUCAGGACAGUAAGCAGAAUGAUUAUUACUAUUCUGACAGUAGUGCUUAUUGGCCUUGUGAUCAAAUGGCUCUUGAAACCGGAACCAUCGCCCAUAUUUGGCAUCUAUUCUCAACCGGGAAAGUUUUACUAUCUGAAAUUUGUAGCUUUUUAUCUUCUGGUUACUCUCCGAAAGAGACAAAGCAGGCGAGCAAGAGCUGAUCAGAAAUUGACGGGAGGCAUUGGAAUGAAGUCCAAGUUUGACAUAAAGGAGAUGGAAACUAUUCAAACAUUAUCUGAUCAUCCAAAGGCUAUAGACGCUGUCUACUUUCAAGGGGCAAAUCGAGACGGCCUUUAUUUUAUAGGUGCAACAGCUCGGAGACCUCACCAUGUCAUCAAUGGCUUUGCUUUCCUCAAGGUUCCGGGAGAGGGGCUAUUAACGAGCCCAAAACUACCAGAUUCGACCCUGUUUGGAACAGAAGAUGAAUUCGGCGCAGAAGGAUUGAAAUUUGAACCGUUGGAGCCGAUGCGGAAAUGGAAAAUGAGCUACAAAGGCCAAAUGAGGAGAAACAUGACUGACGAAUUGGUGGACGUUGAACUCGAUGCGAUUUGGAGCACAAAUUUAGUACAAUUUGAUUUCGAUACUGAUAUGUCUUCAACAGCCAUUGCCCGUGCCUUUGCCCGUGAACCUUGGAGUCGCGAAUACUUUGAAAUGCUCAAAGAAGCUCAUCAAACCCACUACGAGCAAAUGGGGGCUACCAACGGAACGGUCAAAAUCGCUGGAAAAACCUACCCUUUCAAUAUAGACUCGAUGAGGGAUCAUUCAUACGGCAAUAAGCGCGAAUGGAAAUUGCUUCACCGCUACGGUUUUCAUACGAUGAAGCUACAAGAUGGCACGCGAAUUAAUGUAGGAAUCGUCAGUCAGCCAUGCACUUCGUCAGUAUUGGAGUUGGGCUAUGUUUAUCUGGCAGACGGACGUCUGUUCCCAGUCGAUGAGGUCGGCCUUAAUAUUUGGGACAUAGGAGAGAAUGGCUCACCACCAACAGACUACCACUUCACCUUCAAAGCAGCGAAUCGCUGGUGGAGCGUGCAAGUCAACGUGGUGGACGCCCCCAUUUUCUACAUAGGCUGGGAGUGGGAAGCGAAAAUUCACGAAAGAAUGUGCACAUUCCAAGUCGAUGGCGUCCCUGGUUGGGGUAUUUCAGAGUUUAUGUACAGAAAUAUGGGUUCUGGCCGACCGGAAGAGUAUAACGAGAGAGACCCGGAAUGGACACGAACCAUCAAUAAAGGCUGAACGCUGAAAAUCAAAAUAAUUGAUACUUUGGCGUUUGAUCCGUCCCCCCACCUCGAGUUGGGAUUGAUCACACACUUUAUCCCUGCGGUGUGGAAGAAGGAAAAAAAAACUGUCACUGUCUUGAGGUCAAUACAAUGAUCAAUCUAUAAAAGAAA